AGCUCCCGUUUCACCAGCCCAGUUUAGGUGCCACCACUCAGCCACGAAUGGGGAAAACUCGACAAUCAAGAUGGACGUGAACCGUUUGGACUUCUACAUCGGUCUGUCUCUGGCCGUGAGCUCUAGUCUUUUUAUCGGAGGGAGUUUUAUCCUGAAAAAGAAAGGUCUACUGCGAUUGGCCAGCAAGGGUUCGAUGCGAGCAGGUCAAGGGGGCUAUGCUUACCUGAAAGAGUGGUUGUGGUGGGCCGGCCUUAUUUCAAUGGGAGUCGGAGAAGCUGCUAACUUUGCUGCGUAUGCGUUUGCACCGGCCACGCUGGUUACCCCCCUUGGAGCUCUUAGUGUACUUGUCAGCGCUGUGCUGUCUUCUUACUUUCUAAAUGAGCGGUUGAAUGUUCACGGGAAGAUCGGCUGCCUGCUUUGCAUCUUGGGCUCCACGGUUAUGGUGAUCCACGCCCCCCAGGAAGAAGAGGUCGCCUCGCUUGGCGCCAUGGCUAACAAGCUGAAAGACCCAGGUUUUAUUGUGUUCGCGGUGUGCGUGGUGGGAAGCAGUCUGGUUCUAAUCUUUGCCGUGGCGCCGCGGUUCGGACAGAAGAACGUGCUGGUCUACAUCCUGAUCUGUUCGGUGAUCGGCUCCCUCUCCGUGUCUUGCGUGAAGGGCCUGGGGAUUGGCAUUAAGCAGCUGUUUGCUGGGACCGCCGUGCUGAAGGAACCCCUGUUCUGGUCCUUAGUCAUCUGCCUGGCGGUUUGCAUCAGCGUACAGAUCAGCUACCUGAACAAAGCUCUCGACAUAUUCAACACCUCCAUCGUCACUCCCAUUUACUACGUCUUCUUCACCACGUCCGUCAUGGCCUGCUCGGCCAUCUUGUUCAAGGAGUGGUUACGGAUGACCACUGACGGGAUAGUGGGAACAGUUAGUGGGUUCCUCACCAUUAUUUUAGGGAUUUUUCUGCUUCAUGCCUUCAAAGACAUUACGUUUAGCCGGGAUUCCCUCCCCGUUUAUCUGAAAAGAGGCCCUCAAGGUUUCCCGUGUGGCCAACAGCCUUAUGUGGCUCUUCCAAACCAGGAUUUGGAAGGAUGAGACAAAGCCGCCAAGGAGGGAACAAAACGUGCCAAGUCUCAWGCUUUAAUGGACACACAACUAAAAGAAAAGCAGGCUUACUAAAUCUGUUAUAAAGUUUCUUAUACAGUGCGCUGAAAUAUCUAAAAUCCACCCACAGUAAUUUAUACACUGUUUCUACUUWGGCUGUUUUUUUUUAUUCUGUUUGUUGGUUCUUAUGAUGCAUCCACAUUUAGUUUUGACUCAAAAUGAAAAACAAGACAGARAACUGUUAAGACACUGGAAAUGUUUGUUGCUCUGUUUGAAUUUYUCAGUAUUAAGUUUCAUUUUUAAGAUAAAACUUUGUUCUCUAAAAGCCAAAUUGUGCCUUGUGUUUCUGAAAGCUACAUCCUGUGUAGUUUUGCACUUUUUACCUUGAUCAGAAAGAUGAAUUAUAGCAGCUAACGUUAAGGCAAUUUUCCAACUGUUACCUCAGUAUUAUACACAUAGUUCCCACCAAAGAAUGUUUCAUUUCAUUACCCCAACAUGUGCAAAGCAUUUUUUCUCUUAAUGUAAGUGUAUCUCUGUUKGAUAAUGUUUGUAACAAGAAUACUUAAAAUACAUUUUCAAA